AUGGCAGAGGAGGAACGGAGGAAGAGGAGGGACAAAGGCGGGUCCAGGCUGAGCCGAGGGAAGCACGCGGUCGAGCCCUCCCUGCAUUCGCAGCCCCCACCUGUGGGAUCAUCGCCCCCCAUCGCUCAGGUGGCCGGUGACUUCUCGAGAUGGACUUGGGCAGAGGGACCUUCAAAGUCAACGUGCUCAUCCCUUGUUUCCCCCAAACCAGGAUUUCCCAUUCCCAACCCCUGGAAGUCUGUGAGGAAGAUGAAAAUGCCCCAGCACACUGAGGCAGAGCAGGAGCUGAGCAUGGAGAGCAGGGAGGACAAAUCCCCGCGGCAGAACCUUGUGGCAGAGGCAGUUUUGAGCGGCUCCACGGCGCAGGAACCCAACGGGGAGGAAAAGCCCCAGAGAUGCCACACGAGGAGGGGCUGCAAACGCAGAUCGCGGGGAUGUGAGGGGGAAAGACCCAGCCGGGAAGGCAGCCGGAGAUGGAGCCAGAGCUCGGAGCUGGUGGUCCAUGAGCAGCUCCAUGAUGGGGAGAAGCCCCAUACCUGCGUGGAGUGUGGGAAGAGCUUCAGGUGGAGCUCCCACCUCAUCCUGCACCAGACGACUCACACUGGGGAGAGGCCCUACGAGUGUGGGGAAUGUGGGAAGAGCUUCAGCAGGAGAUCCAGCCUGAUCCAGCACCAGAGGACCCACACUGGGGAACGGCCCUAUGAGUGUGAUCAGUGCAGGAAGAGGUUUCAGGCCAGCUCCCAUCUCCUCAAGCACCAGCGCACGCACACAGAGGAGAGGCCCUUCCGCUGCCCCGACUGCGGGCAGGGCUUCAGGCGAAACACCCAUCUUGUCAGGCACCAGAGGAUCCAGACUGGGGAACGGCCCUACGAGGGUGAUCAGUGCAGGAAGAGGUUUCAGGCCAGCUCCCAUCUCCUCAAGCACCAGCGCACGCACACAGAGGAGAGGCCCUUCCGCUGCCCCGACUGCGGGCAGGGCUUCAGGCGAAACACCCAUCUUGUCAGGCACCAGCGCAUCCACACUGGGGAGAGGCCCCACGAGUGUGAGGAAUGUGGGAAGAGCUUCAGGCACAGUUCCACCCUGAUCCUGCACCAGAGGAUCCACACUGGGGAGAGGCCCUACGAGUGUGGGGAGUGUGGGAAGAGCUUCAGCCACCGUUCCAGCCUGAUCAUCCACCAAAAGAUCCACACUGGGGAGAGGCCCUACGAGUGUUCCAAGUGUGGGAAGGGGUUUCGGAUCCGCUCCCAUCUCCUCCGACACUAUCAGAGUCACACAGAGGAGAGACCCUUCUGCUGCCCCGACUGCGGGAAGGGAUUCAGGGAGAACUCCAACCUCAUCAGGCACCGGCGCAUUCACACUGGGGAGAGGCCCUACGAGU